AUGUUAAUUGCAAAUUUUGAAAUCAGAAAAGUUUGUCAGCGGCAUCUUCACUUAUCCAAAACAGUCGAAAAAUUGAAAGGAAAGGGCAAGUCUUCACAAGAAUGGUUGAAACGGCAGGCCAGUGACCCAUACGUUCAGAAAGCUUUGGAUGAAAAUUACCGAUGUCGAAGUGCCUUCAAAUUGAUAGAAAUAAAUGAUAAAUAUAAGAUUUUACGUCCAGGACAAGUUGUCAUCGAUUGUGGGGCUGCACCAGGUUCUUGGUGUCAAGUUGCAGCACAGAAAGUUGCUAAACACAAGCAAGGAAUUGGAACAGUAAUAGGAAUAGAUCUCCAGAAUUUUGAACCAAUUGAUGGUGUCCACGUUUUAUCAGAAUGUGAUUUUACUCUACCAGAAUCUCAAUCUAAAAUAUUGGACAUCUUGAAUGGACAAAAGGCUGAUGUGAUUUUGAGUGACAUGGCUCCAAAUGCUUCUGGUAUCAAAUCCAUGGACCAUGAUGUUAUUAUCGAACUGUGUCAAGCUGUGCUUCAAUUUGGACUGUGGGUUUUAAAGCCAGGGGGAACAAUUCUAUGUAAAUUGUGGAUGGGAGCUAAUCAGAAGAGUUUUGAGAAUGAUUUAAAAUCAAAUUUUGAAUCAGUAAAAGUGGUGAAGCCUGCAUCAAGUCGAUCUGAUUCUUCAGAAAUAUUUUUAUUGGCCAGAAAUUUUCAAUUGAUCACUUGGCCUGAUAUGUAUAAGUGA